CAAAACGUACGCUCCCUGUCAACUUGAAUUUAUUCUAAAUGACCGUCUAUUUCUUUGUCUAGGUCGCACGACAUGUCAGGGGUACCUGAUACAGCAAGAGGUACUUUGAAAGUGCAGCCGGCGCCAACGCAGGCAGUGCGACGGUGCAAGAACAAAGUGUGGGCAGUGGCAUUCUUCAAAGACGGCCGACGGGUUGUCACUGCUUCGCAUGAUAAAACCCUGCGUAUUUUAGACGUGCGGCAGACAGGAGAAAUGGUGGGAGGGCCAUUCAAAGGGCACACGGACCGGGUGCGAUCAGUCGCCAUAUCUCCAGACGAAAAGCGAAUUGCGAGUGGUGGAGAUGAUGCCACCGUCAUCAUCUGGGACACAGAGAGCAAGCAGAUGGUACUCAAUCCGCUGGUGAAGCAUACAGAGAAGGUGAACUCUGUGUGCUUCUCCCCGGAUGGAAAGAGAGUCGCGAGCGGUUCACAUGAUUCGACGGUUGUUGUAUGGGAUGCGGAGACUGGCGCAGUCCUUGCAACACUCGACAGUCAACAUCGUUAUAAAACAGUACACGUGUGGAGUGUGUCAUUCAGCCCGGAUGGGCUAAAAUUAGCAUCCGGAUCAUCUGACCAUACCAUCCGGGUGUGGCGCACCGUUAACGCCGAAUGUCUACUCAAGAUCAACGCUGGCCAAUGGUCAGUUCGAAGUGUUGUGUGGUCGCCUGACGGCAACCAGCUUGUUUCUGGAUCAUCUGACAACACAGCCAAGUUCUGGAAUUCGUCUAAUGGAGAAAAGAUCGGUCAACCGUGCAUCGGUCACACUCGCUGGAUCACCUGUCUUGCCAUCUCUUCAGAUAACUCCUUCAUCGCCACAGCAUCGGACGACAGCACUGUGCGGUUGUGGUGCACAAAGACGCACAAGCAGAUAGGACAUGUGCUUGAACACGCCAAAAAAGUUCACUCUGUCGCAAUUUCUCCCAAUGCAGAACUGCUCGUGAGUGGAACCGAUGGUGGGAAUCUUCAGCUUUGGUCUGUUAGGGAUAUACUGGAGCAAGGCAAAGUGGAGGAAAGCGCACUAGAGGACGAAGAAGCACAGGGAGGGCAACUUCGUUAUUGCAGCAGCAAAACACAGGGUAGUUGCGACAGCGACAAUGAGCAUACCAACGACAACGGAGGUCACAAGGAGCCCUCUGUCGAUCAGGACAGUACAAGUGACUCAUCUGGCAGUGACGACCAAGACUCAUUAUUUGACACCUUCGCUAUAAAGAUGGCGGUCCGGAAUUCUGGGGACCUUCAUAUCAUAGAAGACCUUCUGACCCAUGAGAUUGAUUUUGACGAAGAUGACAACAGGCGCGACACGUACGCUAAUCGCUCAAUCGUAAGGGCACGGAAGUCCGAGUGGGACGAUGCGCUUCAAGACGCAGUCAAGUCCAUUGCUAUUCAGCCCUCGUUAUUGGGCUACAUUUCCAAGGGCGUCGCUCUCUGCGGCAACAAGCAGCUCUGGGACGCGAUGGAAGCUUUCGAUUUCGCUUUUGUAUAUUCCAAUAAUGAUCCGAAUAUCAUCAAUCUUUUACUAUUGAUCAAGGCUAUUGCACUUUUCGAUGCCGGCCGCCACGAUGAGGCAGUGCGGCGAGUUCAAGACCUCACGACCGCUUCUCAACACUCAGAUCCAAUUUCGUGCAGCGUUGUGAAUGUGAGCUUUGUAUUAGACCUCAGAGUUUUCUCACUCUCGACGAAACUCGUUAGUCGUAUCUACGCGUGCAGCUUGCAAUGAUUGCUUUCCGGGAUGGACGGUAUAACGAAGCCGCCGAUCAACUCGACUGCAGUAUCCCCAGUAUAACCGACUUGUUAUCGAGCAGGGCACUUUUUGAACCUAGAUUGAAGAUAUUCACGGUGGUGCGUCACGAGGUCACA